CCCGGCGCAGGCCCGCGCCGUGCGCCGCCACCUCGCCGCCCUCAUGGGCCACCUGCGGCACGCCGAGGCCGCCGGCGCCGAGCCGGUGACCGCCAGCGAGGUUGUGGCCAGCGGGUGGAACCUGUGCACCGUGGCCGGGGUGCUGCUGGGCUACCCCGCCGUGUACACCUUCGCUGAGGGCGCCGAGAACUGCCUGGCGCUGACCCCGCUGAGGGUGUUCACGGCCCGGGCCUCCUGCCCCCGCAUCAAGGACGGGCUCAGGGUGCAGAUCUACUCCUUCAGCGUCCCCGAGAGCCUCUGCGCCGAGCUCCGGGACGUGCUGGAUGCCUGGAGCCAGGAGCUCAAGGAGGCUUUCAGUGCUCAGAGCGAUUUCGUAGAUCUCUGCAUUUCCAGCGAGGUCGUGUCUCUUCCAGCGGUUGCCUUGUAAAACACGAGCGUACUCAGACUUUUUAGCCUUCAUCACUGCAUCAGGGACCAAGGCAGAAGAUCCAGCUCCCUGUGUGUGUUGUCCCCAGCAUCUCUCGUGGUCCUUGAGCACUGAAGGCUGAAUUGUGACAGUCACUGCAGGCCGGUGGCAAAACCAAAUACAUUUUCUUAAAAAUGCCCGAGUGUGCUCCCAGAUGCUCUGCUGCCUCGGUCCUGCCUGCCUGCACUUCGCACCCUGCAAAGUCAGUGUGUAUUUAUUUGCAGUGGGCAGCUGAAAUUUAAUAAAUGAUUUGAAUAC